GUGCGGCUCCGGGAGCGCGUGGCGAUGCGCUGUGUCCCUCGGACACAGCGGAUCAACGGAAAGAGCCGAAGAUGUCAGCUUGGUCAUGUGAUCAGCUGUAAGGGACAUGUACACUGAUCAUCAGGGCACUGAUGAUCAGUGUGCCCUGAUGAUCUGUGUAGCCCCAGCAGUGCCACAUAUCAGUGCCCAUCUGAGCUGCCUUUCAGUGUCACCCAUCAGUGCCACCUAUCAAUGCCAGUCAGUGCCACCUAUCAGUGCUGCCAAUCAGUGCCACCUAUCAGUGCCAUAUGAGUGCUGCCUUUUAGUGCCCAUCAGUGAUGCCUGUCAAUGCCCAUCAGUG